AUGCCGCAGUCGUGUCGUAGCAUCAACGUGUUGUCCGAGCCGCCGCUUGCGGCCGCCGUGGCCCACGGGUUUGGUCGCUCGUGGGCCACAAAGCCGCCGCACGUAUCGUCGUUUGAGUCGUUGCUUGGCCCCAUAUACGAAGGGGCAUGGUGGGGCAACAUGGGGUUGCUGACGGGGUGGUCCGGCCAUGGUGGGGCGACUUGGAGUUGCCGGCGGCAUGUCCAAUCACGCCUCAGGCGUAGCUCUCAAGAUUUAGUCGCUGUGACCACCGACGAGAUGACAGGACCACUGGGCCAAGUGCUCCGAACUUCAAGGGUCCGUGUCUACCUGGUUGAUUUCGUCAAGGAUGUCCAACGAAACUGGGGGGGGCGGAUCAAUCACUCGUCCAUAUGCACGAAGCUGGCGUGCUUUGAGAACAGCGCUGGUUCCCUUCGAUUGCACGUUGUUGCUGCGCAGAAACUCCAGCGCAUCGAUCUCUGCGGCAGCUCCUGUGGACAGCACGUCGUCGCGGAACGUUUGGCUGUGCCAUGGAAAGCAAUGGGCUGGAAGAAAACACCACCGCCGUCGAUGGACAAGUUGUGCUUUCGAACCAUCGUCAAAUUUGGUGCAAAGGCGUAUGUCAUAAAGCCCAAUGAAAUCCUUCAUUGGGAAUUUCUCUACAAGGAUUGUGGCUACAUCCUUGUGGCCAAAAAUGAUUUUAGCCAGUUCAAGUGGUUGAAGGAAUCCGACGUGGCGAACGCACAAAUUGGAUCCCUCUUCAAGAACGAGGUGAUUGCCAAGCUCAAACAUGUGCUGAGGGCACAUCAUUAUUUUACCACGGCCAGAUGUCCAUGGGCGAACGGAACAGUCGAAAGUGCGAUGAAAGCGACCCUCAAGGCGUUCCGAGCACUCCUGUCCGAGUGGUUGAUGCAGCCAGGCCAGUGGCCACUGAUUGUCCCAGUGGUGAUGUUGGUCCUCAAACAAAGUCCGUCCGACACACUCGGUGGUGUAGCAUCGAUUACUGCCACGACGGACGACUUGCUGUCGUGGCGAAACGAUGACAUGACGGCGAUGGCAACCGCCUUGGACAAAAUACCAGCUCAAGUGGUCAAGACAACAUCUGAUUGGAUUUUUGAAAUCCAAAAUUUGGUAACGGGGGUGGUCCGUGAAGCCCACAGUAGUCGUCUCAAGUUUUACGCCGACAACACCUUGGAUGUGACGGAAGACCGACGGCCAUGUGGUCGACCAGUUCCUCGACUGCCGCUACAACGAUCGAUUGGUCGCGUUGAAGUGUGCGUACGCUGGCGCGGCCUACAAGAAAUUGAAGACUCGUGGGAGCCGGCGGCCAAUUUGUUGGAAGACAUUCCAACUGAGUACAAGCGCUACGUGUGCUCCAUAAAGGCCGAUGCUCAAGUCAAGGCAAUGGCAACUGCGUUGGGCGUGAUGCAAUCGUUGGGGGGGAUUGUUGCGAAUUGGCCAUUCGCAGAACCCCUGAACCCCUCCCAAGAAGGUAUCAAAGCGUUCGAUUAG